AUGUCACUGGAUAUAUCGAAUGCUGUGCAAUCCGAAAGCCAAGUCAAUCAACGGGACCGUGUCUCCUUGGAAAAAGCCGAGAAGCAUGAAGCGAACACAGAAGGCUCGAAGCUAAAUUGUACUAACAGUGGUUUCGAUGAAAUUGAGGAGGAAUAUCAUUUCACCAUUGGUCAAUUUUUGGCCUUAGCUGCGAUGCAGUUGGGCUACAUGGGAGCUGUAUUCUGCAUACAGAUGAUCUCCGCUAUUCUAACAACAAUCAACAAUGACAUUGAGAUGUGGAAUCCGAGUGAUAACAAAGCGCAACUCAUAGGGCCAAGCUCUGCCUAUGCCUGGAUAUCGACUUCUCAAGUCAUCCCUGUGGGUGUUUUUGGCCUGUUAGUAGGUCGAUUAGGUGAUAUCUUCGGCCGCCGAAACCUUAUAAUUAUGGGAGACAUAUUUGGCAUAAUCGGCUGUGCCAUAUGUGCGACAGCCCAAAGCAUCAAUGUUUGCAUAGGUGGAGGUAUAUUCAUCGGAACCGCAUCCGCAUGCCAACAGGUUGCGUGGGCUGCUAGUUCUGAGAUGGUCCCAAGAAAAUACCGGGCUCUUGUUAUUGGUCUUUUCGAGAUGUCGUGUGUUCCAGCUGGCGCAUUUGGGCCCCUCAUCGGCAACGCAAUCGCUAAAAACACUACUUGGCGAUGGGCGUACUGGAUUCCUUUCAUCCUAAACUGUCUCUCCUUUAUAAUGGUCUUCUUGUUUUAUCGCCCUCGUGAUCAGUACAUUAAAGAAGAGGGUAAGACUCGGUUGCAGGAAGCUGCUGAUCUGGACUGGAUUGGCUUUUUCCUCUGCGCUACUGGCAUUUGUCUGUUCCUCCUCGGAAUCUCUUUUGGUGGAAAUCAGCUACCUUGGAAAUCUGGCGGAACUAUCUCUAUGAUUGUCAUUGGUAUUCUGCUUUUGGUUUUGUGUGGAUUCUAUGAAGCCUACUGUGGCAUGAUCUUGCCCUUGUUCCCGCCGGUCGUAUUUCAACACUUCCGACGGGUUACUUGCGUUCUCAUUGGGACAUUCCUUUACGGCAUGCUAUACUACUCAACAGCUGUUUUGUGGCCCCAGCAAGUUCAGGGCCUCUAUACAACGGAUCUUAUCAAAGUUGGCUGGUACUCAUCUGCACUUGGUAUCGCGGGUAUAAUUAGCUCCCCAAUUUUCGGUACUCUUUUCACAUUUGGACAUGCUCGAAGUCUAUUCAUCUUCAUUAUAGUUCUAGGUACAGUUGCUUCCGGAUGCAUGGCCACUGUCUCUCCUACAUCGAGUACUGCUUCUACUAUCCUGGUCGCCAUGGAAGGUGUUUGCGUUGGAGGGGGUAUGAUUGUUGCCACUGCCAUGGUCCAACUUGCAGUUGAACAUCAAUAUAUCGGCCUCGUCACAGCUCUAGCUGUCGCAGCUCGCAAUAUUGGGGGUGCUGUUGCGCAGGUCAUCUACACCUCUAUAUUUACUGGCCGGCUCAAACACAAUAUCAUCAUUUAUGUGGCAGAACCAUUGAUCAAGGCUGGAGUAUCCCCUGAGGAAAUUGAAAUUGUCAUAGAGGCUAUUGAGAGCACGGAGACGACACAACUUAUCGACAAACUUACGCCUACACAAUUAGAGGUCGGUCUCGAAGGCUUGCAUCAGGCAAUCGUGCACGCCCUGCGCGUAGUUUAUCUUUCUUCCAUUGCCUUCGGUGUCGUUGGGACAGUAUUCGUUUGCUUCUGCAGAAAUGUGAAUCACUUGUUAACCGCAAAGGUCGAUGUUCAGCUAGAUGAAGGCGCCAAGUUACAAGGCGUCACUGAUACUGGCAAAGGUUAUAUUAUUCCUAUUGAGGAGCAGAUGCGGUACACAAGUCGCUGGCAUGGGACUCCUACAGUGAAUCAAAAGUCACCAUCUAUGGCCAAUGUUGAUGGUUGA